GGCUGCUGCAGCUUUCAUCACAACGGACACGCACUCACCGAGCUGCUCCCAGCCAAUUUUACCUGCACAUCAGCGCCCCAUCAGCAAUCACCGCUGCUGCGCAACGCUGACCGCUGAAUCGCUCAGACGCUCCAUAAGGCUAGCUGCCGGCCACUCGCCAGUCCAACUGCGGCGUGCGGGGAACAAACUCAGGACCCUGAGCCUCAGCGCCGAUCGGAACGUGCCUGUGCUCUGGCCGCACGCCGUGUGCCUGAAAAGCUGUCACAGGCCUCGCCAGCGCCCAACCCAAACUUCACCAUGGCGACCCCAAACCCAGCUCACGAGAGUGCCGACGUGCCGCGAACCGGUGGUUACACGCGCUUCGAGCUCGAACUCGAGUUCGUGCAGUGUCUUGCGAAUCCGGACUAUCUUAAUUUUCUGGCAACGCAGAAAAUGUAUGAGAAGCCCGAGUUCGUGGCCUACCUCGGCUACCUGCAGUACUUCAAGGAGUCCAAGUAUGCAAAGUUCUUGCACCACCCUGGUCCUACGCUCCGUGCGCUAGAGCUACUGCAACAGGAGCGAUUCCGCCGGGAGAUUCUGCAUCCUGGCCUCAGAGACAGACUCACCGUCGAUGGCCAAAGGAGUGCGAUGCCUGGCCAGCUAGAUUGAUGACGAGGCACCAAGAAUGCAUUCUUCGACAGCCAAGGCUCAACGCCCAGAGCUCGACGACUCUCAGUACCUAGGGGCCUGCACAAGGCACUUUUUAUUAUGCUUCCAGCUUGCACGGAAACUAUAUUCGCGUGAUGAGUCUAUUGCAAGAAAGGCAGGUCUCACGAUUCGGAAGUGGCCCAGAUCCAUUACGGCAAAAUUGCCGUUGAAGAGCACAGUGCUCAUGCGGUGCGCGGUUCAGUCACAGAGGCGCAAUUGCUGCCCAGACUCUGGUUUGCGUUGGCUGCUCUUGAGCGAUAAUUGAACUUGGCGAACGACUCUCCAAGAGACAAAUAGAGUGCUUGCACGCGUCGAUCUUGGUGUCACGGCAGCCGAUGCGGCUCAAUAACCAUUCCGUACUCGAUUGUGCAAAUGUCACGCUGUGUUCAGCUCAAAGUAUUGUCAAUACUAAUAUUAUCCACAUCACAAUUCUGGCGGCUG